AAUACAAUUCACUGACACAUAAGAUCCAGUAUUACGGUACACUUAAAUCGAACACAGUUCAUGCAGAAAUGUGUCAUCGCUUUAUUAAUUUUGUGCUUCUUUUUGUAUGCAAUAUAUGUCUUUCGAUAUGUUAUGAAUAAAAUAGACAGUCUAUUUAAAGAACUAUAAGCGAAGGAACUAUCGUUAAAUCUUAAGAGAUUUGUGCUUGAAUUAUUCUAACCACUUCGUUUGCUAAAUUCUAAAAUAUUUUGCUAAGUUCUGAAAUAUUCGUAUAAAAGAUCUAUUUCAUAUAUAAUAAAUGAAUAAUAUAAUAUUAUGCGAAGAUAUUAUAUUCUUUAUAUAAUAUAAGUAUUAUAUACGUAUACAUGUGCUUGGUUUACAGCUAUGCUUUUAUAUAUAUACGUAUAUGCAUAUGUAUCUACAAACUUUAUAUACUUAACCUAUAAAAAAAAAAAAAAACAAAUUUCAUGCAACAAGUGAAAAGAACAAUAUUGAAAGAUCAAAUGUAUUUUAAUUGAAGUAUUAAAUGAAUUUAUUAAAAUGCCAACAGUCAUAGCAUUAGAUGUUUCUCUAUCAAUGAGACGCCCUGUAACAAUUGGAAGUACAGGAAAUAGUGAUAAUUCUCAAAAUGAACAAUUAACAAGGCAUCAUUUAGCAAUUCAUGGAAUAAAUGCCUUAUUACAUUAUUUACAAACUAAUUCUAAAUUGGAAUUUGUUUCUUUGGUAUUAUUUUCAUCGCUUUAUGAAGUUAUAUGUCCAUUUACUCGUGACUAUGACAGUAUACGUGCAAAGUUACAAAAUAUAGAGGAAUGUGACAAAACCUGCAUUGAAACAGCUUUACAUGGUGUUAAUAAUGUGAUCAUGGCAGAAUGGGGCAAUACUACGGCCUGCCAAGUAGUUUUAAUAACAGAUGGUAAUCCUGGUAUUGGACCAAUGUCUUUGGGGGAUUCAUUAAAUUCCUUAAAUGUAACAAGAGAUAUGAAUCCUUUUCCAUUACCUUUUCCAUAUCCAGGAAAAUUAAGUGUCGUUUGUAUUGCACCAUCUCAAGAUCCAGGCUUGUCUGUAGGUUUACCUCUUUACCAACGCCUAAUUGAUUUAGCUGGAUGUGACAGUAUUAUAUUAGUACCAGAUUCUCCUCUCACAAAGCAUUCUGUCGCAGUAUGUUUCCAAAAACUAGCAGAGACAAAUUAUGUGUCUUUUCAAGGUUAUUUAAAGUGUGGCUAUUUAGGUUCACGUAUUCUUUUAUCUCCACCUCCUAUGCCAUAUACAAAAAAAACAGAUUUUGAACUGAUAUCUGGUUUAAUGAUAUCAAAGAAUAUUGAAAUUUGUGGAUUUAUAUCCGUAGCAGAUGUUGGUAGUCCUAAUGCUAUAUCUAGACAUUUAGUUUUACCAUUGCCUACUGAAAAAAAUGCAAAUAUGCAAGGUAUAUCGUUGGAAGAAGAUUCAGAUACAGAUGAAAAUGGAGAUGAAGGCAAAAUACCAUCCUUUUGUGUAUUAUUACAUGGAGCUUUAAAGGUAGAAAAUAUGGCAGCUCUAUGUUUAUUGAAUAAUGAAUGGUUUGGUUUUAUUUAUUCAUGGGCAGAUACAAAAAAGAAGUCAAAUUUAAUGUUAACGGUUCUAGAACCAGGACCUGAUAUCGUACCAUGGUUAGGUAAUUUCAAUAAUUUAGGUCCAGCUGAUGCAGCUCAAGGUGCACAAGUUUCUUUCCCUGUUAGACCUACUGAAAAGAGAAGUUAUACACAAAAUGCACCGUCAUGGAUUCGACAAGUGGGAUUGCAAUCUGAUAUUCAAAAAAUAUUAAGACAUGCAAGAAAAUUGCCAGAGAAGACACAAAAUUUUUACAAGGAAGUAAACAGGUUACGCAGAGCAGCAGCCUCUAUGGGCUUUGUAGAAUUGUUGGAAGGUUUGGCAUGUAUACUUGAACGAGAGUGUACAUUGUUACCACCAAAUUUAAAUCCAGAUUGCACAAUACAGUUAGGACACGUCGCUGCAAUGUUACGAAAACCUGAAUUUCUCGAACUAAGAUAUAAUAUUCCACCGACACGAACCAAAUUUCAACAGGAAGGUUCAUAAAAUGACAAAAAUAUGCAUUUGCAAUAAUGUAUUUAUAUUAAAUGUUAAGGAUAAAAAUAUUAGAUAUUAAGUAUCAUUGUUUUUAUAAGAUAAUAGUAAAAUUUUACAUUUUUUACUAUAAUGCUCGUUAUGUUUUUAAUCAUCAUUUAAGGUUUUAACCAGAAAAUAUAUAAUAUCAUAUAAACCCUUGCUAGUUUGCAUGCUAGAAUAUACAUGAAGAUCAGGAACAUGAACAAAUAAUGUUUUUUGCGUUUUAAUAUUCAAUGAUUGAUAAAAUAUAUAUUCGCAUAAAUAUCUUCCAGCAUCAUAAGAAAUGCAGGCUUUGCAUCCACUUUCUGUUGAAUUCUCAUUAAUACUGUCGCAAAGUUUAUUAACAUUUAUGUCUGUUUUUAAAAUUUGAUAAACAGUACAUAUUUCAUUGGGACAUUUACCAUUUAUAUCAGGUCUUGCAUAGCCUGUACUGUGAGCAACGUGUUCUAUGGUUAAGCAGCUUGCUUUGUAAGAGACACCUACAUGUAUAACGAUCUAAACAAAAUACUGACAAUUAAUUAUUGUAUCUGUUAACUUAAAUACUAUUUAAUUAACAAAUUAUUGAAAGAGUAAGCUAUACACGAUAUAACAAUUACAUACUACAGGAUUGUGUUCUUCCCAUAGUUUGGAUAUUUCUGUAGAUACGUAUUCAUAAGAUACAGGUAUUUGUUUCGUAAUUAAUUGAAUGUUACAUAAUUCUGAUUGUGGCCACAGUUUAGAUAAUUCUUUCACAGCUUCCCAACUUGCAUUAACAAUAUGGUUACCAAAUGGUCCAAAUCCAGUUAUUAAAAUUUUUUUCCCACUUAUAUUCAAUUGAUUUUCACGCAUUUUUAUAAAUGCAAGUUUUAAUGAAUUUUCACACAAUGACUUGCUCAAAUCUUGAACAAUAGUAUAAUAUAUUUUCUUUACUUAACAUCAAUUGUUAAAUAUUUACAGAACGAUAAUUUUGGUUACAUUUAAAUAGCACAUUGAUAAAUCAAAUCCGUAUCUCUCCUUGUGUUAAUCUAUGUAAGUGAAAUGGUGUUUUUAAGAAUAUAUAAAUUUUCACAAUUUUGGAUAAAUUAUUUAAAUGAAAUUAAAAAUAAUGAAGCAUAUUAAACUUACUUUAUAUGGUUAUAUCUUGACAUAACUUAAAUAGCAUUAAGCGUGUUUAUUGGAAAGAUACGAAUGAUUAGAUAUAGGGGUUCUUUAUUCAAACUAGAAUUUAAAGUUGUCAUUAUUAAUGUAAAUAAAAAAAAUUGUACAUUAUGUUUUGUGAUGUUACAAAGUUUUACCAUACAGUAAUAUGCUCUAGAUUCCAGAAUUUUAAUCACAUUAGAAAAAAAAGAUAGAAAAAUAAAAAAGUAAUAAUAAUUAAUUAUUUAGUUUGACUAUAUUAAAUUUUAAAUGACAUCAGUUUUGCAAAUAAAUCAAUAACCAAUCACAUAUCAUCUGCCAUGACACCCAUUUUAUUUCAAAUGCCAUUUUAAACAUUACAUUAGAACAGAUACAAACUCAGAAUCAACGUCAAAGUUUCUACGUUUUUUUCUUUUUUAUUUCAAAAUUUUAUCAAUUUUGUAUCCCGAAAAAAGGCAAAGAUAUAUAUCAGAUAUAGGUAUAUAUAAGACUGUAAUUGUAAGUUAAAUAUUUAACAAGUUAUUUUUUUCAGGUUAUAUAAAUUCGACAUAUUAAAUAUCGCACUAUGCCAUCAAAAUCGCACUCGUACCAAAAUCGAACUCGAUUUUUCCUUAUUGAAAGAAAAAAACCCAACUAAGGGCACACAUCGGAAGAAAUCCAAAGAUCCUACCCGAGAAGUUUGCACGAUGCUUAGAUAGGAGCUCGCACAAAGACUCACGCACAUGGAUCCAACACAUGGGUUCUACCUAUAAAUAAUAUUUAUAAGAGUAAAUGAGAAUAAAUCUACUCUUAUAAUUAUUAUAUAUUUUAUAAAUAAUAAUUAAUAAGAGUAAAUGAGAAUAAAUAGGAAAUAUAUGGGCUUGAUAAUAACUAUAAGAACGAUUAGAAAAGCUUUCUAUACGUUUCUCUAAGAAAUUAUUUUAGAAUUCUACUAUAUUUAAUCAUUUAUUUAUUGAAGUAUAAUUGGUAAUGUAAAAUGAAAAUACGUUAAUCUUUAAUUGGAAUUAUAUUGAAAAGAUAUUGGAAAAGUUUUAAAAUAUGCAGUCAUUCGCUCGGUAGUACUUGUAUUAAAUAAGAUUUGAAUACAUCGCAAGUACUACCGACUCAGAUCUCACCACGUGGAGGUUGCUGCAUCUGGAGAUCCACGGAUUUACGGUAACUCAACUCAAAGAAAUCUACAUUCCGCAAUACCGAUCCAGACAUAAAGAUUAUUAAUUUUCACACAUAACGAAUUAUUAAGUACGAUCGUUGAUACUUUCCAAAUUUUGAACAAUAAAAAGCGCAAUCUUCGGUAAGAUUUUAAAUCGUGUCCGUAUGUAUUAGAAUAACAUUGAUUCUAAAGUCUACGUUCGCGUAAUAAUCUAAUCAAAUUUUCGAUCAAAUAAAAUAAAGUUCACGGAUAGGACCUUUAAUCGCGACUUGAAUAAAACGUGAGUCUUAGAAAAAUUGUGACUUUAUUCUAUAAUCCGUAUUCUCGGGACAAAACGAACAAUCAAAUGAAGUUUAAUUGCACCCGCGAAAAUCCACGCCUAUGCCCGCCGACAUGCAUGCCAGUAUUCUCUUAUUCUUCCCCUAUUCUCGCGUAAAAAUCGAUGGUGAAUUGACAAGAUAUUCGACUAUAGGUCGGACUAUUCCUACCGUAAAUGAAUUUAUCCCUUGAUAAUUCAGACUGAAGAAGAUAAAGAGAAGAAGAAAAUAAGAGAAAGAAAAUAAAAAAUAGACGAAACGUGAGCGCACGUGAUAACGAUGGAACUCGGAACGUGAGGUGAAUAUAUUGAAUAUUGUUCGAUGAUCACUUGAUGAUUUUAAGAGAAGAAGAAGAGAAGAUAAAGAAGAGAAAAAAAUAUGAGAUAGAAAAGAGAGCUGGACAAAAAAAAGAAAAGGGAAGUAACUCUACAAAGCAGCCUGCACAAAGGCCCACACCCAUGGGCCCUACUCAGGAUUCCCACCCCGAGACUUAGGAAUAGACAUAAGAAUGACAGCGAACAUAAAUACGAUAGAAAAGUUUUCUGUGCGUUUCAAUUUUAAAUCGAUGGUAUAUCUAUCAUUUGCUUACAAUUACUCGCCUAUAAGCGAAUAUUUUAAUUAUUAUAAGAAAAUUAUGCAUAAUUUCACUUGUAAUCCAGAGACUAUCUAUCGGAAAUAUCUUCUUGUUCAUUUUUUAUUAAAACUCAUGAAUAUCCGAUUCAUUAUUAUUUUCGUGCUAGAAAAAUAUUCAAAAUCUCAAAUAAUUAUAAAUGCAUUUGAAAAAGAAAUACCUAUUCUGAUCUAAUAAUUAAAUCAAAAAAUAAAAAACCAUUCACAAGUUAAUCUACGAAGAAAUUUAUUGAAUGUUUAGAUUUUGGAGAUCCAAAGAGAAUUGAUCCAGAAAUCGUCAAAGUCAAUAAAAACUCCGAAUAUAUCGAUAUUGUACAUAAUUAACUCCGAGAUAAAAAUUUUUAAGUAUUGAAAUUUUAUAUUAAAAUUAUUUUUAGUUUCUCGCACGUUUUCAUCUUUUUAAUGUUUAAACAGAUCUACUAUUGUUUAAAUAUUAGUUUAUUGUAUUCCGUGUAUAUCAAAGAUUGCUUAGAUAGUUUUACAAUUAUUGAAAUUAUAAUUUAGCUUAUUCUUAUAGAAAGAUAGAGUUUCGAUGUUUACUUGUUGGAAUGUAAAAGAAUUCUAUAGAAUAUUAUAGAAUUAUAGGAUAUAUAUCAUAUAUAUACUAACAAGUUUCUUUAUUGAUAAUAUUAUUGACAUCUAAAAUUAUAUUUUGUCCCUUAUUCUACCUAUUAUCUUAUUAAAGUUAUAUGCACCUUUACCAAUAAACUAAUAUUAUUUAUACAUAUUACUAGCUUACAAAUAAAUCACAAAUAUUAGGAUUAUUUAUAUAUGUUUGAAUAUAAUAAAAUACAGAUAUUUUAUAUAAAAUUUUCUUAUAUCUAACUUAGAUUACAAAUAUAUAUAUAUAUAUUUUUUUUUUUUUCUUAUAUAACUUAAUCAUACAGUCAGAAAUAGAAAUAUAUUUACAAUAUAUUACAAACUCAUCUAUCAGAACCACGAUAAGUGCUGUAUCCAAAUGGACUCAAUAACACUGGUAUAUGAUAAUGACCAGUCGGAUUUUUUACAUCAAAAACUAUUUCAAUAAAUGGAUACAUAGUUUCUAUUCUUCUAAGAGUGAAAUAUUUGUCGAUAUCAAAAUGUAUUUUAUAUCGACCAGCAGUAAAAUUAACUUUAGCAUUGUCUACCAAAUCUGUACAUCGACCAUUCGGACCCGUAUUACUGCAAACAUGUAUUUUCAUUAUAUACAAUAUAAUAAUAUCCAAUA